AUGUCUUUUGCUGCUAUUGGAAGGGUAUUGGGGUUGGCUAUCAUGGUCAAUGGGUUCAAGAGAUCCAUUAGUCUCGAGCUCCCCCCACACUUGAAACAUGCUGGACAAUUACAAUUUUUAACGAAUGUUGCAUUACUUUUAAGUAUAAUGUUUGGAUCAUUAAGUCUAAUUCUUGAUACAUUUGGGUUUAAAUCAUCGAGGAAGAUGAGUAUUUUCCAUGUUUCUAUAUUCAAUGUUGAGUUUUUGGUUACGGUCGCUUAUUGGACUUUAAUGCUUGUUUUUCCCGAUAUGCUUAAUCAGGAUUCUUUUGAAGUAUCUUUUUCAUUGGAUUUUGCGAUCCAUAUCACUCCAUAUGUGUUCUUAUUAAUUGAUUAUUUCAGAAAGAAGGUCGCUGUGAGUGCUAAGGAGAGUUUUUUGGGAACCACGGGGAUAUUAGUGAGUUAUUGGUGCUACAUUGAAGUAUUAAUGUAUGGCAAAGACUCAACCAUUUACAAGUAUCCAUACCCAUUUUUAAAUGAAUCCGGAUUAUGGCGUAGACUUACAUGGAUAAUCGGGUUUUCCGUUUUGGCUAAUCUAAACCAUAUGAUCAGUAAAUCAUUUAAUAAGUUUAUGUAUAAGAAAUCUAAAUAA